AUGAAGGAAGGCAUAGCUCAGCUAGCCCCUUUCAAGUGGACCUCUUGCACCCUAAGUUGGUGGGAAACUCUACCCACUCCCGACAGGACCUACUUCUCAAGCAACUGGGACAACAUAAUGAUAGGAAUUCAAGCCCACUUUUUGGAUGAAGAAUGGGUGCGAGAUCGAACAUUCGAGUUCGAUGAGAUGACCUUCUGCAAUAAAGGUCAUGAACAAGAGAGUCCAUUGGAUGAAACCAUUUGUCCCUCGAUCCUCUCUGUCCAGUCCAUAGCUAAGCAGAUGAGGAACAGUUUAAUAACCUCUUGGCAGCAGGCUGAAAGAAACAAGAAGCCAGCGCUCUACUAUAGAAAUCACCGUUCACGUGUAGCACACGCUGCAGAGGUGGACUUGAACAAUCAAGGAAUGCAGCUUGAGUCUUAUUCAUCAGAUGAGGAAGAGGAAUGGGACGUUAACUAUGCCUCAAACAACAGUUCUGAGGAGGAAGAAGCAGAUAGAGAGUACUUAGUUAUGUUGGCUGAAUCUAAGAUCACCCUUUCUGCUUACAAGAGUGAAAAUCUGUUUAAGUCCUUUGCUACCGAGAUACAUUCAUCCCAGGGACAACUAAGAAAUUCAUUUGCUGCUGAAAAGCAUGUAAAAAUUGCUGCUGUAACGUGCGACGAAAUAGACAAAGUUGAACCAUGUGUGGAAGCUACCUUUCAUAAGGUGUAUUCUGCACAUCGUAAUGCUCAAAAGUCUAAGGAUUACAAUAAGGGGAAGAACAAAGAGGUCGUACCAGUCAAUGAAAUCAUAAGAUUCAUGAAGGUGAAGAAAGUUGAACCUAUCUACGAGCCCGGUUGUGUAUUUCCCAUGGUCAAAGGCCAAUCUUUACCUGAAGGAAUGGGAUCAUCAGGGACGAAAGCUCUACACAUGUGCGCGAAAAUUGGUAACCUCAAGUCUGAUUCCAUUCGAGCUCGGCUGGAUUCUGGAGCUGAUAUCACUCUGAUAUCGGAAGAAUUCUGGAAAUCAAUGUCCGAUUCUCCUCGCCUGUGUGAAGGAAUGAGAAUGAAGCUAUACCAUCUCACUGGAGGAGCAAAGGUUCUAGGAUACAUUAAUACUGAACUAUAUGUCUUGGCUUGA